GAAGUUGGCACUAAUUACACUGAAGGAACUUCAAAGACGCACCUGUUUCUGCUUGAUAAUCAGUGGCGUUGGCUUGCUUGCUGAAGCCUCCUUGAGUUGAACAGCUCCAAACAUUCACUGGGCUUUUACUAGUGGGAUGAUGGGAUCAAAAAGGAAGCCAAGUGUGAACAUUCAGCCGUGGUGUCUAGGCUGGUUGUUGCCCUCCGUCCUGUUGGCCACCACUCUGGUCCUGCCAGGCCUGGCCCUGGACAGCCUGCUGUGUAACUACUGUCCCCUGCAGCACAAAGGCAAGCCAUGCCCCAACAUCACCAGCCAGUGCCUUCCUGAUGAGCGCUGUUCCAGCUCCAUGGGCCGCUACGGCCCCGUCCACAUCCUGUCUGCUCAGGGCUGCAUCGCAGCUCAACUCUGUGGUUCCCAUGAGAUCAUUUCUUACCGGGGAGUCGGAUACAAUGUCAGCCACAGCUGUUGUUGCAGAGACCAGUGUAACCGCCCGCCAAAGUCUGACACCUCCCUGAAGAGGCUGCUGGGAAUGACCACAGACAAACCGGAUUACACCAACUUUGGAAACUUUACUAAAGUCAUUAUUGAGGAGCCGUGGGAUUCAUGUGUGAAUUACACAUCGUCAAAGAUGUCCACACCACCUACCACUGCAUCAUAGGAGAGUAAAGGACUCUGGGUGAGGCCUGUCAGGCCCAGGCACUUACUUGAUUCUCCUAACAAUGAUACAUUUGUGACAGUUGGAACUAUUUAUUGAAGUAGUGUUAACGCCAAAAUCUGUUAUGGUCAGUGUGUUUUGUGAUUCAGAGAGGAAAAAGGUGACUUGCCAGCCACUCUCCUGGAAUAUUUAACACAGUGACUGCUCACAUUUUCUGUGUGGUAAUUUGAAUGCAGUAAAAUAAAGGCAUGAUGUGUAAUCUCC